CAAAGCAAACCCCUCCCCCAUGUCCCUUUCUACAACAACUCUAAAACCCCUCUUGCUUUCUCUUCACAACCACACAAAUUGAACUCUUAUUUCAACAUCCUACUUAUUUUUUUCUACUUUAAAUACACUUAACUCUUCAAUCUUCUCUAUCUUCAACUUCAGUUUCCUUUGAUAUACACCUUUUCAGUACUCAUCAUGUCCAUCACUGGAAUACAUCCUGAGAGUACUACAGAAAAAAUGUCCAAGAAAAUUAUCCAAUGGAGGAAAAAUUCAGGAGAGAUUGAUGUUUUUGAGGCUGCAAAAUAUUUCUCAGGUGCAAAUGAAGAAUAUUAUUCUGGUUACAACAACAAACAAAGUUUGAGAGGUGGAAGAAAGAGUUUUGACAUGCCCAUGAUGAGAAAUUCUUCAUCACUUCUUCCUUCACAAACUACUUAUCAUCAUCAUAUUAUGGAUCAAAAACCAACAAUUAUUAAAAAGGAUCAAAAGAAGUACAAGCAACCAAGUUCUCCAGGAGGAAGACUUGCUAGUUUCUUGAAUUCCCUCUUCAACCAAACAUCAUCCAAGAAAAAGAAAUCAUCGCAAUCUUUGAAAGAUGAAGAUGAUCAAAGCCCAAGUGGAAGAAGAAAAAGAAGAAGUAGCAUUAGUCACUUUAGCUUUAGAAGCUCAAGCAAUAUUAUUACUACUACUAAUACUAAUACUACUAAUAGUAGUAGUAGUGAUUCAAAGUCAUCAUUAAAUUCUGGUUUUAGAACACCACCCCCUUAUGCUCCUACUCCUACAAAAUCCUACAAAGAUUUCAAGAGCUUUGGAUUAGGGAAGCAACAACAUGAAGUAUAUGGUGACAAGAAAAAUGCUACUGAUAAUUCUUGGUUGGAUGAGAAGUUAAAGUUGAGCAAAAAUAAUGGAGUUUAUUAUUCAGACAAGUACAAAAACACAAGCAAUGGAUUAUUAUUAUCAGAGAAAACUAAGACAUAUAACAGGGUUGUUGUUGAUGAUGAUGAUGGAGAUAGUGAUUCAAGCUCUGAUUUGUUUGAUUUACCGAAUAUUGACUUGGAUUACUAUUCAUCAAGUGGUUUGCCAGUUUAUGAGACUACACAUAUGGAUAACAUCAAAAGGGGUGCACCAAUUUCCACCGGAGCAAUCUGAAGGGAGUCUUGACGCAACGAAUCGUGUGACCUUGGAGGUCAAAAACGAAAUGCGUACGAUAGAUUUGAUGUGGCCAGAUUUUUUCUUGAACGUCGCGCAUAACAAGAGCUUAGUGUACCAAAUUUUUCUUUUGUUUUUACUUUAAUUAAUUUCCAUCUCCUUCACAAAACAUUCAUAUUGAGGAUUUUUUUUUUUAAAUUUUUUUUUUAUGGUUGAUGUUUAGAGUCAUGAAAAAGGAAGUCUUGAUUUUCUUGUCAGGAUAUGUCCAUAGAUCUGCCCUUUUUUUUUUUUUUUUUUUUUUUUUUUUUGGUGAUUCCUUGGAAGUUUUUGCAAAGCUUUUUACUGUGUGUA